UGUUUAUUCCUCAGCAGUCGCAGCUUAAGUCAGGCCCUUGCAUUACAAAAAAGGCAAACUUUUCAGGGCUUGCAGGACAGGGUCCUUCCUCCCACAUGAAAUUACCUCGUCCGUAUUUCCCUGAAGGAGUGACACGCGGGGUGGGCCGUGGCCCUCCACGUGUAAUCUGACAAACGCAGUGUUGACUGGAACCUCACACCCCCAUGAUCGUGGCUUCAGGCUGGUUGACCCGGCUUUAGCCUCCUUGGCUCAGGCCUGGGACCUUCCCAUGGCUGCUGCUGCUGCUCACCUGUCUUCCUCACUGCCCUUUGGCAGUUGGUUUUGGGAGGAGCAGUGCGAGAAUAAGGUUGUCCUGUUGGCCUGUGACCCCGGAAGAGUGAAUUAUACUGAGGAUUGCGAAGUAGAAUCAAGUACAGCAUCCAGAAGUUACUUCUCAUUACUUCCAACAAUUGGAUUUGACUAGAUGGUAGAGCCAUUAUCGGGUUGGGCAAGAGUAUCUUUGAAUCUGUUGUUGGUGUUUUGGGGUGGUCAGGAGUAAGCGUGAUUGUACGCAGUGUGAGGAGAGGUAGAAGAGCAGGCAGAGUUAGUACUCUGAGACCCUGCCGAUGGUCACACGCUUCCUACCGGCGGCAAGAGAGGGCUCCCGCAUCGUCACAGAGUCUGUCAUUUGGGGCAAAGAUUACCAACAUGUUAUGUGUUAAAGAACGUUUUUUUCUUUGAGAAUUUGAGAAUGUAGGCCUUCGGCUAGACGGUCGUGGGUUUGAAUUCUAGUCUCUUCAUGCACUGGUCUGUAAUCAGGAGUAAAAUGACUACUCGGUCCCAAUUUGCCUCAGUAUGUUGUGAAGCUAACCACACCCCUGGGACUGGUGGGUGGUGCCUGUAAGAUUGUAGCUCUUUUUACUAAAAUGCUAGCUUUUCCAUGUGAGUAAACUUUCAAAGUGAGGUGAAGUGGGAAGUAAGUGAUAGAUUACAUGGUAGAAAAAAUAAAGCGUACCCAAUAUAGAGUUAGUGUUUGCUUUCUGAAGGUAGAAUGAUGGCACUGAGAUAGGAUGGUAGGACAUUACGUAGAGAGUUCGAUCCACCAUGGAAGAUGCGUGGUUUCCAGGCCUUUUCCCACAUAGACAUUUGGGCAGCAAGCGCAACUUCACUUUUAAGCAGUGACCUAAAUUUUAAGAUGACUGUCCUAGACUAGGGAUGUAGACUGUAGCCUCAGAAGUAAGUAGCUUAUUGAAGAUUAAGCUUGACCUCAUUAGCAGUCUGUCCAGUUGGCUAAGUUAACUGGCCAUGGACCCUAACCUAGCAAGGGCUCCAGAACAUCUUGAAAUGGGGUGAAAAUCUAAUAAUUGGGCCAUCCUGGUGAUUUAGAAAGCUUAAUGUUCAGGUCUAAAAUUUUGAUGAUGAAGAUGAGCUGUUCCAACUGUGAAGUGUUAGAGCGUUUAUACUAAGCCCUAGGUUUACAUAUUUUGUGUAUUUGUUGUGAGAAGCUGAAGAUUUAUCAUGAGUUCAUUUAUUUUUAUUCCUGGGAAAACCUCUCCCACCACAAUUGCCAGUAGUGUGCAUGGGGUAUGUGUAUGGAAGCUGUUCCCCCAGUUUUUAUGCUUCUUGUUCUGCUGUUAGAAAUCCAGAGGAUUGUGAGGGGGAAAGCAAAGAUAAACUUUGUAAUAAUAAAUUAUAGUAUGUUAUUAUGGACGUGAAUUAGAAAAUGUGUCAGUCUUUGUGAAGUCUGGUGUUUUCUGUUUUCCCCAACAGUUUACAUCAGGUGUUUUGUAAAAUGUUACCAUUUUAUGUGAAGUAAAAUAAUUCUUUCAGAAAGAGUUACAUGGGGUACCUAUAAAAUUGGAGAAGAUAUUUUUAUGGUGACAGUCCCGGUGAGUUAGAUGGAGGCACAUUGUAUGUUGGCAGGUGGCUAAGAAGGGGUCACACUGUUGCUUUUUCUUCUUGAAGGCAGUUGGGAAGAAGGAAAGCAGUGUACCUUUUGUUAAAGGGGUAGAAAGGUUGCAUUACGUACACAUCCAAAGGGGGAGUCGGAGUCCUUGGAGCAGUUGUAGCUUGAAAACAGAUUUUGUAUUUGUUAAAAUAAAAUAUCACCAUUCAUCCUGUAGUAUUUUUGCCUGGAAUUUGUACAUCCGAAUAUCCAGAUGAACAGAUUGAGUGGAUUCCUUGACUUGAUGUGUAUGUGGGGGUGUAGAGGUGUCAGGUAAAAUUUAGGACACCAGUUAAAUUCAAAUUUCAAAUAAACAGUGAGUAACUUUAUAGUAUGUGUUGUUUACCUUUAUUUCCUUUGUUUGCUUUUAAAGAUUUAUUUAUCAGAAGUGAUCUGUAGUACUUGAAGUAUUCAAAGCGAAGUUGGUAGUAGUGUGACUUUUGUAGACACAUCUAUAUUCUUUUUAUGCUUAUAUCCAUUGACUCUGCCAUAUGUGGAUAUAUCCCUUUUAAGGCAGAUCCAUAUUCAAGAUAUUUUAACCCUAAAUACCUGACUUUGUAGAUUGACGACUUGUCGUAAAAUAUCGAGUUCUUUCUUCAGUGCUGUUUGCAGCUGUUGGAUAUGUGUUAGCGUUGCCCACGUGCGAUCCGGAAGAUGGGAGGUGCGGUGAGCGCCGGCGAGGACAACGACGAGCUGGUGGACAACCUGAAGGAGGCGCAGUACAUCCGGACCGCGCCGGUUGAGCAGGCUUUCCGGGCUAUCGAUCGCGCAGACUAUUACCUUGAAGAGUUUAAAGAAAACGCUUACAAAGACUUGGCGUGGAAGCACGGCAACAUCCACCUCUCGGCUCCGUGCAUCUAUUCGGAAGUGAUGGAGGCCCUGGACCUGCAGCCGGGCCUCUCCUUCUUGAACCUGGGCAGCGGCACGGGCUAUCUCAGCUCCAUGGUGGGGCUCAUUCUCGGUCCUUUUGGUGUGAACCACGGGGUUGAACUCCAUUCGGAUGUAAUAGAAUAUGCAAAGCAGAAGCUGGACUUCUUCAUUAGAACCAGCGACAGCUUUGACAAAUUUGACUUCUGUGAACCUUCCUUUGUUACUGGCAAUUGCCUGGAGAUUUCUCCAGAUUGUUCUCAGUACGAUCGUGUGUACUGUGGGGCUGGUGUGCAGAAAGAGCAUGAAGAGUACAUGAAGAGUCUUCUCAAAGUAGGGGGCAUCCUUGUCAUGCCACUGGAAGAGAAGUUGACUAAGAUAACGCGAACUGGCCCUUCUGCUUGGGAGACCAAAAAGAUUCUGGCAGUUUCUUUUGCUCCUCUGGUCCAGCCCUGUCAUUCGGAGUCUGGAAAAUCAAGACUUGUCCAGUUACGUAAGUACAAAAAUCCUUACUUAUCCUUUGGAUCUUUAAAAAAAUCUCAUUAGAAUUUGAAGAGAGAGACAAAUUGUAAGGAGCCUUUUAAUAUUUAGGAACAUUUUUCUACCCACUGAAACCUUAAAAUGUUACAAAUGAUUUUUAGAUAUUAAAAAAAGUAAUCUGUUUUCAGCCCAUUUUAUGUUGUUUUUGCC